AGGACUGCGGCUACCUCCGCCGUCUGCUCCUGGGCGGACGGAUGGCCGACGAGCUCUGCGCCGCGCAGCACGAGAUCGACAUGUUCAUCCGCCUCAUCCCGCUCAUCGCCCUCGUCGACAAUUCGACAAAUACUCGCCGUGCCAUGCAGGUCGAGGAGGGGGUGCUCAGUGUAGUCACAGAUAGUUCAAAUCAUCACAUCAGAUUUCCAGCAAGAGAUUUGGAGUUCACCAAAAUACGCGUUCAAGGAGCUACAGAACUUCGCAAUGUUCAAGAACAGCCAUUUGUAGGCAAAGUGGACCUGCAAGAGCAGAAAAUCUCCAACGUUGAAGAACUUAUGGAGCUUUGUGCCCAUAUAGAAGCGACUUGCAUGGGAUUCUCAAAGUUCAACUUCUUUCAGAUCAUGGAUGGUACAGGAAAUUUCUCAGAAAAGGCAAUAAUUGGACGGGGUGGAUUUGCCACGGUUUACAAGUGUGAGUUGUCCGAUGGAGUUACGGUUGCCAUCAAGAGAGCUCAUGAGUACGCAACACUCGGCAGUGAAUUGCAGCUUGCAAAGCUUCAACAUACCAAUCUGAUUAGGUUACUUGGGUGGUGCAUUCAUGAGAAAGAAAGGAUUCUAGUCUAUGAGUUCAUGCACAAUGGUUCCUUGGACCGUCACAUAUACGACAGAACAAAAGGGCCAUUGCUAGACUGGUCUAAGCGACUCAAGAUAAUCAAAGGGUUAAUAGAGGGGCUUGUUUACAUGCACAAAGGCUCCAUGUUAUGGAUUGUCAAUAGGGACUUGAAACCAAAUAAUAUCCUCUUGGAUUAUAACAUGAACCCAAGGAUUGCUGAUUUUGGAUCAGCUAGAGCACUGAGUUCAGAUGUAGCAGAAGAACAUACAAACAUGGUUGUGGGCACUUGUGGUUACAAAGCUCCGGAGUAUGCAUCUCGAGGAGUUUACUCAGUGAAGACGGAUGUGUUCAGCUUUGGCGUCUUGGUUCUGGCAAUCAUAAGCGGACGGAAGAAUACCAUACUCGAGAAACAAGGGGAUACUGUUGGUGACCUUGUACGCUACGCCUGGCAUAUGUGCAAGGACCAAAGAUUGCAUGAGCUUGUUGAUCCGUCUCUAGGGAACGGAUAUGAAAUCGCCGAGAUAACACGUUGUGCUCAGAUGGCACUCCUUUGUGCCCAGGAAGAUCCAGCAGAUCGGCCCACCAUGACAGAUGUUGCCACCAUGCUGAACUUUGAAAGCAUGAGCUUAUCAAUGGAGCCUAAGCAGCCUACAGUGCUGAGUAAAGUAAGUGAUGGUGAAAGCACGGCAUCUACAUACAUGGGCCAAUCAAGCAGGACAAUAGACAUAACCAUCACGAGCUCAGCUCCCAUGUCGACUAGAGUUCGAAUCAUUCUGAACCCGGAGGUUUGAUAUGAAGAAAAUAAUUCAAUGGUGACAUCAUGUAUCCAUAUAUAGUUGAAAUGUGAAUAAGGGCCAUGGGCAUUCGUCGUCCAGGAUAGUGGACCAAUUCCAGAUAUUACUGUGAAGGGGCAACUUGUUUUUUCUUUGGUCAAGCCAUUUUUGUGAAAAUAUCGAGAUAAAAAAAACAAGGCCUGAUUUUUUCCAGGGAAAUAGUGGGUUUUAUUCCU